AUGGUCUCAUCACCUCAAGAUCUCCGACCCAUCGUCAUCUCCGGCCCUUCAGGUGUCGGAAAAGGGACACUGGUCCAGAAACUUUUUGACGCACACCCUAAUACAUUUGGAUUCACUGUAUCCCAUACCACGCGAAAGCCGCGACCGGGCGAAAUCGACGGCGUCGCUUACUUCUUUGUCUCUCCCUCCGAGUUUUCCUCUCUUCGCUCCAAUGGUGCUCUUGUGGAACACGCAUAUUUUAGUGGCAACUACUACGGCACGAGCAAACAAACCAUUGAUGAGCAAGCCAGCAAAGGAUUAGUUGUGGUGUUAGAUAUUGAGAUACAGGGUGUUAAGCAGAUGAAGGCAAAUCCUAGCAUAGAUGCGCGGUAUGUUUUUAUCAAACCACCAAGCUUUGAAGCACUCGAGACGCGUCUUAGGGGUCGAGGCACCGAGAACGAGGAGGAUAUUCAGAAGAGACUCACACAGGCUAAAGUCGAACUUGAAUAUGCCGACUCUCAGAGCAAUGACAAGAUCAUCGUCAAUGACAAUGUGGAAAAGGCGUAUGAUGAGCUUGAGGAGUUUGUAUUCAGGCUAGCAUAG